AUGGCCUCUCGUUUGCCAGGAUUGUUUGACCAGGCAGCGAUACCCAUACACAAGCAUGCAGAGCUGCGCAGGAUUACUUCAAAUUCCACAGUCAAACAUUGCAAUGCCUGGUUCUUGCCCCUAAUCUUUGGCAGACUUAAUCCUACACAUAGUGUAAUUCUUAACCCAUCUCACCAGGUCUCAUCCACAAAACAGACCUGCCAAAAUCUGUGUCAGAAAGGCUGGAUUAGUUACAAAGGUCACUGUUAUCAAAAGAGAAUGACAUGGACUCAAGCUGAGAAAACCUGCUGGACUAAAAGAGCAGGGGGUCACCUAACCAGCAUCACCAGUGCAGAUGAGAAUGAAUUCCUCCAUAAAUUUACUCAGGGACAGAAGGAAACCCAGUUCUGGACAGGGGGAACUUACCAAAAGGCAAGUGUUCUUAAAUGGAGUGAUGGAUCUCUGACAACCUUCAUCCAGAGGCCUCUGUUAUGCCUUUUCAGAGCUGUUAGAGGACUAGUUAACAAUCUGUUUAACAUAAAAAAUUUCCUGACCCUGAAUAUUGGAGGCAGGGGUGAAUGGGACGGCUCUCCCUGCUGCAAGAGGCUACCAUUCAUCUGCAUUUACAAACCAAAACUGAAGCACCCUUUACCUGUCACUGAACCGCUGAUGAAACCUGGCUGGCUGCUGUGGGAUUUGGAAUAG